UCCAGGUCAAGCACAUUGUUUACCUUUGAAAAUUCUUCAUUUCCUUUCAUUUUCCAUAAUAAAAUCACAGAAAAAAAAAUGAUUUGAAACCUUGAAGGGGUAGUAGAUUCACAUCAUGAAUAACACAACAACAACAAAAAAAACAACUUUUUUAGAUAGUUUUUUCUUUCAAGUUGGGUAUUGAGUUUUUCCCUAAAUAACAGUAUAUAAUAAUGCAGGAAGAAGAUAAAAAUAAUGAAGAUUCAAUAGCUGAAUCUCAGAAACAAAAUGAACCCUCAAAGGGUAUUUGUGUUUGGAUUUGGAUCUGUGUUUGCAUUCCAAUUCAGUGGUUUAAAAUGCUUUCAAGGGAAAUGCAUUGGAGUUUUGUAUUUGGUGUUGUUGUUGUUUAUGGAAUAAGUCAAGGUUUUGGUGGAGCUCUUGCUGGUGUUGGAACUAAGUAUUAUAUGAAAGAUAUUCAGAAAGUUCAACCAUCUGAAGCACAGGUUUAUGCUGGAAUUACUUCUAUUCCUUGGAUUGUUAAGCCUUUAUGGGGUCUUCUCACUGAUGUUUUGCCUAUUCUUGGAUACAGAAGAAGACCUUAUUUCAUUUUUGCUGGUUUCUUAGGAGCUAUUGCCAUGCUUUUGUUAUCUAUGCAUGAAAACUUGCAUCUUGUGUUGGCCAUUUUAUCAUUAACAGCUGGAAGUGCUGGGGUGGCAAUAGCAGAUGUGACCAUUGAUGCAUGUGUUGCACAGAACAGUAUCUCUCAUCCUUCACUUGCUGCUGAUAUGCAAAGUUUAUGUGCAUUCAGUUCUUCUGUUGGAGCACUAUUAGGAUUCUCCAUUAGUGGCAUCUUUGUUCACCUCAUAGGCCCUACGGGGGUAUUUGGUUUGAUGACUAUACCAGCUGGACUUGUAAUUUUGGUUGGAUUUUUGCUCGACGAGCCUCGUGUGCACAACUUGUCUUACAGACAGGUGAACCAAAAUUUUGUGGAUGCGGGAAAGGCUAUGUGGACUGCAUUUAAGAGAGAAGAUGUAUGGAGGCCUUGUUUAUACAUGUAUUUAUCCCUUGCACUGAGUUUGAAUAUCCUUGAAGGAAUGUUUUAUUGGUAUACAGACUCAAAAGAUGGACCAUCUUUCUCUCAGGAGAGUGUAGGUUUCAUAUUUUCAAUAAGCUCAGUUGGUUCACUUUUAGGUGCAAUACUAUACCAAUAUGCUCUAAAGGAUUAUGCAUUCAGAGACUUACUAUUUUGGACUCAAUUACUCUAUGGUCUAUCAGGGAUGCUUGAUCUAAUUCUAGUCUUGAGAUUGAACCUAAAGUUUAAUAUACCAGAUUAUGUCUUUGUUGUGAUUGUUGAAAGCAUAGCUCAAAUGACAAAUAGGCUUAAAUGGAUGCCUAUGCUUGUACUAAGUUCAAAGCUUUGUCCUUCUGGUAUUGAAGGAACAUUCUUUGCAUUGUUAAUGUCAAUUGAUAAUGUUGGACUUCUAACAUCAUCAUGGGGUGGUGGAUUUGUACUUCAUGUGCUAAAGAUCACAAGAACACAGUUUGAUAAUAUUUGGUUGGCUAUUCUGAUCAGAAACAUUUUGAGAAUCACUCCAAUUUGCAUGCUGUUUUUGGUUCCUAGAGUUGAUCCUAACUCUUUCAUUCUUCUUCCAAGAGAAAGUGUUGAUUCAAAGGUGGAUAUUGAUGCUUCUGAAACCAAAAAUGUUGAGUUGAUGUCCCUUGUACACACUGUUGAUGGUAUAUAGCAGCUUAGGGAAAAUACAUUCUUUUGUAUUCUUAAUUUCAUAUACAGGAAAUUACCAAGCAAAUAUUUAUUUUCAACUUUUUUUGGAUAGGGGAAAUAGGAGAAGGGCAUAAGUUUGCUCAAUGAGAAAGAUGAUUUAUUUAUGCAAUUUUAGAUGUACUGACUAAAUAUCUUUAUAUAAAAUGUAAUAUAAAAAUUGAAUGUUUCCAACAUCGCUCAAGUGAGUGAUUGAGCUGGUACAUCCGAAGAAAGUGUUGGAUUCAAAUCAUGAGUAGGAACAUGCUCCAGGAAACUA